AUGGCCAGCGUAAUGCCCUUCCAACGGCAGCAGUCGUCGGGCAUGACCGUUUUGGUGUAUCCUGCGAUCUGUCAAAUGACCCAGAAGUCUCUAUCUUCGGACACUGGCCGUCCUGGCGCAGCUCGAUUGGGAUUCGGCAGCUCUCCAGUUCGUCUAGGGCGCUUCGGCGAGGGGCAAAACGGAGAUUGCACAGCCACACGGCUUAAGGGUCCAGGGGUCUUGUGGCAAGCCUUCGCCAUCUUCAAUAUACAACGGGUGUGGUAUGGUGGUGCAAGUAUUGGUACACGCCGGCUUGAUCCUUUGGCGGUAGAUGUUUCUGGUAAGGCAUUUGACUGCUUAUGA